CUUCCCGCCUGCGGAGCUAUGCUGCCGGCGGCCGCCUGCCGCCUGUGGGGGCCGCGGCUUGGACUCCGGGGGGCCGCGCUCCGCCUUGCCAGGCAACAGGUGCCCGGUGUCUGUGCAGCGCGGCAAUUGAGAAGCAGCAGCCACCGAAAGAGUGAAGCGCUCGCCGGCGCCCCUCUGGAUAAUGCUCCCAAAGAAUAUCCCCCCAAGAUCCAGCAGCUGGUCCACGACAUUGCCAGCCUCACGCUCCUGGAGAUCUCAGACCUCAAUGAACUGCUGAAGAAAACAUUGAAGAUCCAGGAUGUUGGCUUCAUGCCAAUGGGUGGCAUGGUGCCUGGUGCGGUCCCUGCUGCUGCUGCAGCCCCUGAGGCGGCCGAGGAAGAAGACAUCCCUAAACAGAAAGAACGGACACACUUCACCGUCCGCCUGACGGAAGCCAAGCCUGUGGACAAGGUGAAGCUGAUCAAGGAGAUCAAGACCCACGUCCAGGGCAUCAACCUCGUCCAGGCCAAGAAGCUGGUGGAGUCCUUGCCCCAGGAAAUCAAAGCAAACGUCGCCAAAGCUGAGGCUGAGAAGAUCAAAGCAGCCUUGGAAGCAGUGGGUGGCACGGUCGUUCUGGAGUGAGGCCUGGUUGUGAGGACUGAUGGACUGGAGUUCCUGGGAUCUGGGCCAGGGCCUGCCCUCCCUGCUUCACUCCCAGCUGCUGACGAUAGUGACCGAGUUCUCCUGGGAGAGGGACAGGAUGGACCUCCUGUGGUGGGGAGGGCAGCCACAGCCUUUGCAGAGCUCUCACGAAAUCGCCUUGGGAAUUUACCAAGUGAACACCCCUCUGGUGGCUACUGAGAAAAAUACACUGUUCAGGCUGGGU